AUGUACAGUUUAACGGUUUUAGGGGUGUUGUUGGCAGUAUGUGGGGGUGCAUUCAGCCACAGUUACCACUUGGGGGCGUGCCCUGUGGUGGAACCCAUGCCCGGGUUCGAAAUGAACAAGAUGUUGGGCGUAUGGUACGUGAUCCAGAAGACGUCGACGGCCUCACAUUGUCUCACCUACAACUUCACGAAGACCGAUGAGCCAUACAGAUAUGAACUGGAACAGUCUUCUCAGCACUUUAUCUUGGGACUGACGCCUCUUAAGCAUGACUAUAGGUAUACUGGAGUACUAACAGUCCCAGAUCCCGCAGUUCCAGCUAGAAUGAAAGUCAGGUUCCCACUGAGCGUAGCCGGGUCAGCAAGCUACACCGUCCUGAUGACUGACUACACCACCCACGCCGUCGUCUUCACGUGCCAGAAGCUUGCGUUCGCGCACCGAAGGUCUGCCACCAUCCUUUCAAGGACCAAGGAACUCGACAGGAUUUACUUGGACAAGAUGCGCAACAGGUUGGCAGCUUUCGGUGUGGACCCGUAUGACCUGUCCAUCAUAUCGCAGAGCGAGUGUCCUACCCAUAAGAAUGCCUCCGAAGGUGUCAACAUCAACAUCGACCCUGAGACCUUCUCUUCACACAACAUCGGACAAGCUGUCAGGAAGACUGGCUCCGCUAUCGCUGACGGCGUAGAGUACGUGGUAGAGGCCGGUAAGACUGUGUACAACAAGGUGGCGAGCAGCAAGGAGGACCUCACCGAGUCUCCCGCCGGACGCUCGCACUCCGUCAAAGAUGACGCCGAGUGGUUGCCUUGA